AUGAGCAAAGAUACAGAAUAUCUUCUCGACGAUGAUGAUUCGUUUAGUCGAUUAUCAAUAGAACCUCUGUAUCAUAAUGUAACUUGUUUACUUGAUUUAUCAGAUAAAAUUUUACUUCGUAUUUGCCGUUAUAUGUCACCAGCUUAUGUUUUAUAUUCAUUUUAUACACCUGAAAUGCCUAAUAUGCGUCUUCAUCGUCUAAUUGUUAAUUAUUAUACAAAGAUAAAACUUGGUCAAAUGACAUACAAUGAAUAUAAAUAUUUAAUAAGUUUAUUCUCUUGUUCAAAUUAUCCUCUUCGACCUGAAUCAUUGAUAUUGAGUAAUGAACAUGUGACUUGUGUAACUCAACGGUAUUUUAAUUAUAUGUAUACAGAUGUAAUUCGAUCGGUAUUUGUCAAUUUAAAAUACCUUACAUUAAUCGAUUGUUCAUCAUUUGAUCUUGAUGAUAUUGUUGCACUAUAUAUGAAUGAUUUAAUACAGCUUGAAUAUCUUCAUAUUACCGUUCGUAAGCUUGCUGAACAUAAUAUUAUAGUUUGUCUAGAACCAUGGGAUACAUCGAUUGGCCGUUUAUUAUUCGAUGGAUUACUAUCUACUGUGCAUACAGUUAACAUUGAAUUACCUAAUGGACUUUUAUUACACAAAUUAUUAAGACCUCAUCAAACUCUUCGUCAUGUUCAGAUUGUUUUACAAACAAUCGAUGAUUUAUAUAUAUUACUCAGUGGACUGGUACCAAAUGUUGAAACAAUGUCUGUUGAAUUGCGUCAAGCACGAUUACUCACUUGUCUUCGUCCUCAAUGCACAUCAUCAUGUCCGCGAUUAACUGAAUUUACUCUAUUGGAACCUCGUAUUGGAUUAAUUAUUGAUGAUAUUAAAUGUAUUUUUGGUUAUAUGCCUGCUCUUCAUAAAUUAACGUUAAGUAUUCGUGAUACACCUGAUCCAAUAUUUUGUCAUGGUCCUAAAUUUGAAUCAAUAUUAAAUGAAUAUUUUCCAUAUCUUUGUCAAUUUGAUUAUACAAUGACACAUAGAAUUAUGACUAAAACAUUUAUUAAAGAUUUUAUUCAAUGGCCAAUGAAUGUUGUUUUUUAUGCAAAUGAAAGCUCUCAAUGGGUACAUAUUUUUUCAGUACCAUGGCCAUCAAAUAAAAAUGAUAAACGACGAUUACCUAUUAUUAAUAGUGGAUGUAAUACAUCAGUUUUACCAAGUGUUAAACGAGAUGAACAUAUGGAUCAUGUUAAGAUUACAAUGAAAAAUGAUUUAUAUCAAUUAAAAACACGAUUUUAUCGAGCUUAUCAACUUACAACUUGUUUAACAAUUGAUAUAGUAUUACCGCAACGAAUUUCAAAGUUAAUUCUUACUGAACAAACACCUAUUGGUUUGAUGAAUUCAAUAGUUCAACCUAAUAUUCGUCAUCUUAUUGUUCAACGUCGUUUGAUUGAUGAAAAAGAAAUUUCUAUUCUUGCUCAUCAAUUUCCUAAUGUUAAAUAUUUACAAUUAUUAUUUCCAUUGGAUAGAACAUUAUUUGUUCGUUGUUUUCAAACUUUAUUUAGUGAUUAUGGUACUAUCUAUUAUAAGAGAUCUCGUUAUUGGUGUUAUUUGGUUAAUUUUUGUACAACAUUUGAUGUUAUACAAUUAAAUCAAAUCAUAAACGAUAGUGAUCUUCAUCGUUGGCUUAUUGAAAAUACUGAUUUAAAACUUGUUAUUCAUUAA